AUGACGGAAUAUCUACCCGAUCCAUCUUCACCAUAUGAAUUACUUCUGGAAGCUUCCAUAUCGGAAGACCCUUCAUUUUCCUUGAAACAGCUCAAAGAUUCGAUAAUAAGAAGACAGCAAUAUGGAGAAGUUACAAUUGAUCAAAUCCAAGAACAUCUGGAAAUGGAACAGUGGGUUGAGAUGGAAAAACGAAAAGCGGAGGGAGAACUACGGUGGUACAAAUCAGAUAAACGCUAUUCGAUCAACACUAAACUUGCCUUUCUAUACGCCUGUAUCACAUUCGGAGCUAUUGGGUGUCAUUUGGUUUACAAUUUGUAUCUUGGCCAGGAGUUACCAAAAAAAUUAGGAGCUGCGUCACUAGCCAUCAUGAUUUUUACACCGUAUUUUGCCCAUUUGGCGAUCUUACAAAUAGGCGGUCGCGAUGAUUGGGUCAAACCACUGUACAAUGAGAACUAUAAUUCGAUAAGUGUGUCAAACCUGAAACAACGCCAACUUGAACUCAUCGAUUGCUAUCUGAAUCAAGUGUUGCCAAUGAAAGCGGAAAUUCCAGCCAGCCGUUAUCGACAUGACGUUUUGGCAAUGAUUAUUGGUGGAGAAUGGACCUUUUACGCUUUCUUCCACUUUUGCAAUUCAAUUUGUGAUCUGUCAUACAACUGGUCCAACGAGAAAGUUCGAAAAGUUGACAGUACGGAUAUUGUGAUAUCUGGAGCCGUGUUUUUGCUUCUCAGUGUGUGGCUCAUCUACUUUUGGCAUUCUUCGAAGUUGGCUAGACGUCCUGUUAAACACACAAAAGUUGGAGUUCAACAAUGUUUAAUGAUGUUGACUUCUGAUAUUACCGUAUUCUGCGUUUAA